AUGGAUCCGAAGAUAUAUGACGUCGAGAAGCGAGCUGUGGCAGCCCGAGUCGAGGGCGUGGACAACUUCGCCCUCGAUGGUGGGAAGAUGACGAUGACGGGGUUCGACGACAAGAGCAACAACGUGGACAACGGCGUUGACGAUGAGCAUGGCGUCAGGAAUAACGCCAGCUUGGACCAGGGCGGCAGAAGCGUCAGACCAAGAAACAACGAAUAUACCACCAACAUCAAUGACAACAACACCAACGGCGAGCCCCCCUUGCCGUCCACCAGGCCAGCUCCAGCGGCACCACCAUCCACCGCAACCGACGACGACGACGACUACUACUUCGACCCCCCCGACGGCGGCUGGCGCGCGUGGUCGCAGGUGCUCGCGGCGCACCUCAUCAACGCCAUGACAUGGGGCUACGCGGCCACCUUUGGCGUGUACCAGCUGCACUACGUCGACACGCUGGGCCUGCCGGCGGCGCAGGUGUCGUGGAUCGGCUCGGUGCAGGUCUUCCUGUCCUUUGCCGUGUGCGCCGUGUCGGGCCGCCUCGCCGACGCCGGCCACGCGCGCGCCACCGUGGCCGCCGGGUGCGCGCUGGCGGUGCUGGGCACCUUUCUGACGAGCCUGGCCACGACCUACUGGCACAUCUUCCUGGCGCAGGGCGUGUGCACGGGGCUCGGGCUGGGCAUCGCCUUCAUGCCCGCCGUCUCCGUCGCGAGCUCCUACUUCCGCCGAAACCGGCCCCUGGCGCUGGCCGUCGCCGCCGUCGGCACCUCGGUCGGCAGCCUCGUCUUCCCGGCCACGGUCCACUACCUCACCCCGACGCUGGGCUUCCCCUGGGCCGUCCGCUGCUCCGCGUUUGUCGCCCUCGUCGCGUUUCGGGAGCUGCCGUAUAUGCUCUUUGCCCUGGGCUCUUUUCUCAACUUUUACGUCCUCUACUUUGGCUUCUUUUAUAUCAACAGCUAUGCCCGCAACAUCAUCGGCUUCUCCUCGCUCGACUCGGUCACGCUGCUGCUCAUCACAAACGCGCUCGGCAUCCCCACGCGGCCGCUGGCCGGCUACCUGGCCAACAACCACCUGGGCCCCAUCAACGUCUUCACCCUGUCGACGGUGCUGCUGUGCGGCGUCGUCUUCGGGUGGAUGGGCGUGGCGACGCGCACCACCAUGUACGUCUACAGCGUCAUGUUCGGCGUGGCCGUCAGCGCCAACCAAGGUACGUUCGUCGCAGCCCUGGCGAGCCUGACAGAGGACCCCAGGAAGAUGGGCAUCCGCUUCGGCAUGGUCGAGACGGUCUGUUCCUUUGCCACCCUCGCAGGGCCCCCGACGGCCGGCGCAAUCAUCGACCGCUCCGGAGGUGAGUACCGCUUGGCCCAGGUCUGGGGCGGCGUCGUCCUGGCCGCCGCCGCGCUGACCUUUGCCGCCUCGCGCGUUGCGGCCACGGGCUGGAGAUGGAGGGUCAAGAUCUAG